GGUCAGAGGUCAAAUAUAUGUGGCCCAAAUCGCUUAUUUUAUGAAUACUUUUGCAAUAUUGAAGAUAGCAACUUGAUAUUUGGCAUGCAUGUGUAUCUUAUGGAGCUGCACAUUUUGAGUGUUGAAAGGUCAAGGUCAUCCUUCAAGGUCAGAGGUCAAAUAUAUGUGGCCCAAAUCGCUUAUUUUAUGAAUACUUUUGCAAUAUUGAAGAUAGCAACUUGAUAUUUGGCAUGCAUGUGUAUCUCAUGGAGCUGCACAUUUUGAGUGGUGAAAGGUCAAGGUCAAGGUCAUCCUUCAAGGUCAGAGGUCAAAUAUAUGUGGCCCAAAUCGCUUAUUUUAUGAAUACUUUUGCAAUAUUGAAGAUAGCAACUUGAUAUUUGGCAUGCAUGUGUAUCUCAUGGAGCUGCACAUUUUGAGUGGUGAAAGGUCAAGGUCACCCUUCACAAGGUCAAGGUCAUCCUUCACAAGGUCAAGGUCAUAUAUAGGGGGACAUUGUGUUUCACAAACACAUCUUGUUACAUUAAUGUAUGGAUCAUGUUCUUAUGAGUGAGAAUUUAAACAACAAUAUUGACUUGGAAGAUGGAGAAGUUCACAGUCCAAAUGAAGUGGAGGAAGGAGAGUUCUUGGAACCCAAAGAAAGACUGAGAAAAAGUUCAAAACAUUCAAGAUCGCAUUCAAGGAAACACAAAAGGAAACAUUCAAAGGAACAUUCAGACUUGGAUGAGUUUGAGUUAGAUUAUGUUGACAAGUACCGUAUCAUGGAAACUCAACAUGAACUGUCGAGGGAGUCCUUGAGGAGACAAAGGGAAAUGGAGAUUUAUAAAUAUGAGAAAGCUAAAAUGAAAGAGGCAUUGAAAGAAAGGGCUUAUUACGAAUAUGAACGAGCUAAACUUGAAGCUGCCAUGAAAGAGAAAGCUAUGCGGAGGGCUAUUCGAGAAAAGGCUUAUCGUGAUGCCGUGAAAGAACAGGCCUACAAGGAUGCUUUGAAGAAGAAAGCAUAUAUGGACGACAUGGAAGAGAAAGCCAUGAGGGAUGCCAUGAAAGAAAGAGCUUACAGAAAGGCUUUGAAAGAGAAAGCCUACCAAGAGUCAAUGAGAGAACGGGAAAUCUUUGGAAAAUCAGGUUCAAGUAUUGAGUAUGGUGCAAGUGGUGCAGUGUUAAUGGAUGACAGCGAUACGUUUAGUGUGAUGUCCGACUAUAGUAUGAAGUCGGAUCGUAGGGAGCGGGCCCUGUCGGAUCAGGGUCGUAGGGUGCAAAGGGGACUCAGUGGGGCCAUUCUGGUUGAGGAAAGAUCACCGGAGAGGACCCUUAGCUAUAGGGAUGUUUAUCCUGAAGAAUUUGAUGGAGCUCGAGUGAAAGUGGGCAGAAGUGGAGCAAUUUUAAAGGAUGACAUAGAAGAAAGAGGUUUUGGGAGUAUGUCUGGGGAGAGAAUUGUUCGCGGUCGAAGUGGGGCUGUUUUGAGGGAAGAUACGGCAGAUGAAGGUGGGAAGAUAGUUAGGGGUCGCAGUGGUGCUAUCUUAAUGGAAGAUAACGACGAACAUGGGGAUUUUAUUGCAAAAAGAAGUGAUGCAAGAUUGGGUAUUGGAAGGACAGGCUCUGUUUUGCGAGAGGAGAUGCCAGGGGCAAAGAUAGCUCGAGGCGCCAGCGGGGCUAUACUUUUGGAGGACCGUGAGGACGAGAAGGGCUGGGUCGAGAUGGGAAAAACUGGAGCCAUAUUACGGGAUGACCGUUCUGACUUGACCGAUGCUCCAGCCCCUAGGUACAUGGAAGAACGGCAACAUCCGUUCAAGAAAUUCCCACCAAGAGGAAACAUGCCACCAGGAGAACCUAGCUGGGGUAGCGCACCAAUGGGCACAAGAGGCCGGGGGUCAUUCAGGGGUCAAGGUCGGGGCAGAGGUCGAGGUCAAGGUGAACUGCGGAGCCCCAUGCCUGUACAUGCCCCAGAUGCUGACGAUGCUUCACGUUCUAGCAGGAUCGGAUCCAACUUCUACAGAUGGAAUGAUGGCGCUGUGCAAAAUAAAACCUCAGAUGUGCGUGUUGGAAGGGAGAGAACUCCUGAGAAAAUUGACGCCUUUGCCCCUCAAAAACCUAAAUGGAAACCAAAGGAGGAGGACGUGAGGUUACAGCAGUGUGUGCGAGCUGGGUCUGCAGUUUCCGAGGAAAGCAGCGAAGGCACGGGAGUUACAGCAUGGGUGAGAUGCUCGGCCGCUGACCUCUACUUCAUAAGGGACAGACAGACUUGCAACAUGAUGACGACUCAGCGAAUGCGCGACCUUGAGACCACGUUUAACGAUGACCUUGUUCAGCGAGCCAGAAAGGUCAAGGCCACCCAGGAACCUUACAAGAUGGAACGACAGACGAGGCCGAGUUGGAAGAACGUGAACAAAUGUGCCAAAGGUUUAUGUGGUCAUGCAGUCUGCCAGAACAACAACGCCAACAAUUCGGAGGGAAGUGACAGCGACAUCAGCAGCAGUAGCAGCAGUGACUCCGAUGAUGCUGAAGAGGGUCCAAACAAGGAACUUCAGUUCAAGAUUAACCAUCCGUACAGGAUGCACAAGGAGAUCUGGUACAAUGAGCCUAAAGAGCUCAAUGAUGGACCACUGUGUCGAUGCAGCCUGAAGGCUCGUAGAUUUGGAAUACGCCACGACAUUUACCCUGGGGAGGAGCCCAUUCCCAGGUGUGAUGUGAACAGUAACAAUCUGGACCGACUGCACCAUUACAAGAUCACCAUCUCUCCAACUACAAACUUUGUGAGCAAUCAUCCAACAGUGAUCAUGUUUGAUGGACAUGAAUACAAGUUUGAAGGAUUUUCAAUAUUUGCGCACGAGAAAUUACCACCGAUUCCAGAGCUGCAGAUCAUCCGCUUCAACAUUGUGUAUACUCUGCACUUGGUAGAGGAACCUGUACCAGAGAAUUUCUCUGUGCGAAGCCUUGACCUGCUGAGUGAGUACAUAUUUGAUGAGAUUUUGGAGCUGGUUGACAUAGAUUGGAAGGGCCAGGGUGCCACCGAUGAACACUGCAGGAGAUUCCAUGUCAUGCCCAGGUUUUCCCGUCCAUUUCCUGAGAAUGGUAAAGAGUUGCUGUCCAUGAACGACCUGCUGCUGUACUUGCUGAAAGUGUCCAAGCCGCUUGUGAACAAGACUGAUCUCCCCUUUCUGCUCUCCCUGGACAACACAGAGUGGAACAAGUUCGUCGACAGCUUCAGACACGUCAUUGUCACAUGGCCUGGCAUGAGGCCGAGUUCACUGCGUAUUGACCAGCUGGACCGUACAGACUGCAAGAAGGACACCAGCGGUAAGACGUUCCCUGACAUUGUCCACCACGGCCUGAGACCGGCCCAGCUAAGCUAUGCAGGAGACCCACAGUACAAGAAGACGUUCCGAGCAUACAUGAAGUUCCGGCACAUUCUGCACACGAGGGCAAAGGUCACAGAGAAAGACAAGGAGAAGCUGGAGGAGUUUGAAACAGAGUUGGAGAAAAUACGAUCAAAAUACUCACUGAAAAGAGAAGUGACUGUGGACAUUGACAGUGAAGGCUUUAUCCUCACAGGUAUCAGAGCAGACAUCUGCCAGCAUGCCUUGUUGCUGCCUGUGCUGUUCAACCACAUCCGCUUCCACAACUGCCUGAAGGUCCUACAAGCAAACAUUGGAUACCAGUUCAAGGACAUCUCACUUCUACAGUUGGCAAUGACACACAGUUCUUACAAGAUCAACUAUGGGAACAACAUUGACCAUGGCCGCAAUGCGCUGUCCAACUGCGGUGCUCGACAGAUUGAGUUUGGUGACUCCACCGUGCACUUUCAGCACACGAGAAAGAGAGGACUGAACAUGCUGAUGAGGAUUAUGUCCAGGUUUGGUAAGAAGGAGGAGGUCAAGUCAGACAUCCCACACAACGAACGCCUCGAGUACUUGGGCGAUGCAGUCGUGGAAUUCAUUUCUAGUACCCACCUAUAUCGGAUGCUGCAAGAUGCGUCAGAGGGACCCCUGACAAUCUACAGAGGAUGUCUUGUGCAGAACGCCCACCUGGCCAUUCUAGCAGAUCGUCUAAGACUUCAAGACUUUAUGCUGUAUGCACACGGCACAGACCUUUGUCACACCAGCACGCUUAACCAUGCCAUGGCCAACUGCUUUGAAGCUUUAAUGGGUGCCCUGUACCUGGAUGGUGGUAUAGAGCUCCCAGACCGUGUGUUCUCUGACACCCUAUGGAAGGGGGAGCCAGAGCUGCACGAGAUCUGGACCAACACCCCGCCCCACCCCCUCGUGGCCGAGGAACCUGACGGGGACAGGCACUGGAUCAAACAGAGUCCUGUACUGCAGAGCCUUGUUCAGUUCGAGGAGGAGAUGGGGUACGAGUUUAGACACAUCCGUCUGCUGGCCAGGGCCUUGACUAUGAAGAGUAUCGGCUUCAAUAACCUCACACUGGGCAAUAACCAGCGUAUGGAGUACCUAGGGGACACGAUAAUGCAGCUGAUUGUCACUGACUACCUGUACAGGCACUUCCCAGACCACCACGAGGGACAUCUAUCGCUGCUGCGUAGUUCUAUAGUUAGCAAUCGCACACAGUCCAUCGUGUCAGACGAGCUCGGACUCAGCUCCUACCUGGUCAAGCAGCAGAACGUGAAGCGCACUGGCGUGAAACCCAAGGACCAACCCAACUACACCCUCAAGAUGAAGGAGAGAGCGGACUUGCUUGAAGCCCUGCUUGGUGCCAUGUUUGUGGAUGGAGGUAUCGCUCCUUGCAGGGUGCUAUGUGAGGUCUGCUUCUUCCCUAGACUCGAGAAAUUCAUCCUGAACCAGGACUGGAAUGACCCGAAGUCACACCUGCAACAGUGCUGCCUCACUUUGAGAAAUGUGGAGGACGAGACGCCAGAUAUACCCAUAUAUAAGGUUAUCAAUCAGAGUGGUCCGUCCAACCUGCGCCGCUACAAGGUGGCGGUGUAUUUCCGUGAGAAGCGUCUCGCUAUUGGUGAAGGAGGCAGCAUACAACAGGCUGAGAUGGACGCUGCAAACAAGGCCCUAGAGUCACCAGAUCUGGCAGAUAAGAACAACAUGAAGAUCAGAUAUGGCCGCAAAGGCAUGAAGCAACCGCCAGGCAGACAGCCUUGGAAUUCGUCCUGGAAACAGAACCAACAUACCGGACAACCAUUCAGGAACAAGGGGGGUCAGGUCCAACGUCAAAACAGACCACGGCCUGGUCAACCAAUCAAGAAUAAGGGGGGUCAGGUUCCACAUCUGGGGGGACAACAGCCUGUACCACCAUUGGCUGGUCCAUCGAACCAGGACGAUCAGAUCUCACAGCCUGAAGGGCAGCAGAUUGUACCACCACAGGCUUGAGGGCACUUUGUUUCUAUGGGAACUAGCAUUUGUUAUACUGUGUAUGCAUAAAGAUAAGCGUUUCCUUUGUUAGAUUGAUAAAUAGAUGGAAUUCACCAUCUUAACUAUAAGAACAAAUACUUUCUUAAGCUGACACACUGUUGCAAAAAGUGCCUAAAACUUUUUUGUAUAAAACAGACAUUAAGCAUUUAAGACAGUUUGUUGUAAUGGCAACAAAUAUUGCAGAAUCAAGUAUCUAUCAUCUUUACUUUAUAAAGAAAUGCUGUGUUCUCCUGCCAAUCGUAUCAUUUGGUGGCAACUGCCUUGUGGCAGAUUUGAACAUAAUUGCAGUUGUAGCAUGAAAUAAUAACUCUUUAUUUAGGGCUUGAAAUUACUGCAAAAUAUCCCGUGAAUAUGUCGUCUAUGCUGGUUACAACCCAGUAUCUGAUCAUACUUAGGCAUAUUGUUUACACUCUGACAAUACAGUACCUCCCAAAACUUAAAAUAUUAUGCGCCGUUUUCAAACCAUCUCUGUACUAACUUCUACUGCAAGAGGACUGAAGUUUACAUCGCAUACCUGAUAUCAAAAUCAUGUAAACAUGGCUGACGUCACCUGAGUAGCACAUUGUGACAAUGGUUAAAAUCAUGGUUAAAUGUAUAAACAUUUCAGACAUGGGACUCAAAAACUGUGACCAAUAGCAAUAGGCACUGAAGGGGGUAUAGUGGUUUUUGUUCAGAAGAGACUGUAAUUGAAAGAAUAAUUGCAUAAGAGUGUUAAGUGCCAUCUUUCAUUAGACUGUGCGUAUUUCAAUGGCUAAUCUGGGACACUAAAAACAUGUAUUAAAGGGACUGUCAACCACAAAUACCCAAAAAAGAAAAGUCCUAAAAUACCAUAUUUUUUACAAUUAUUAGCAUAUAUUGAUUAAAAUAUCAUGACUGGUAUAUAACAUUGCUUGAAAAAAGUUCAUAUUUUCAGUAUAUUCGGUAAUACAAUUUCAAGAUGUGAAAUCGAAAGUACAUCGCGAAAAUAAGUGACAUAACGAUCUACACACUAUAAAUAACGCAAUUAGAUUGAUAAUCAAUAUAUUAAAUAAAUACAAUUCACUACGCAUGCACAAUGUGCAUUCCUUGGUUAACCACGUGACAAUAAUGAUCAAUCUUUCGUUAUUUAUAGUUAACUGGUAGUUUACCUGGUAGACAUACCCAGUAAAAUUUAUUACCGAAUAUACAGAAAAUAUGAAAACUUGACAACUUUUUUCAAGUAAUCUUAUAUUCCAGCCGUGAUAUUUUUAUAAAUAUAAACGUAUCAUUGUAAAAAAAUACGGUAUUUUAGAACUUUUCUUUUUUGGUCAUUCGUGAUUGACAGUCCCUUUAAACCCUGCUUUCACAGAAUGUUGCUCGUUUAUUUUAGCUUGCAUACAAUCAGAAUAUGCUAAUGCAUAAAUGUGCUAUAUUCUGUCAGUAUAGAUACAUAUUUUGUGUCUUUGUGCUGUUUCUGCAUAGAAUGGGAUUGAAUGAUUUCGGUUUAUUCAGUUGUGUAUGUUAUGUGUUUGUGAUAGACCAAUUCCUAUCAAUAAACGUCUGUAAUUGAAA